AUGUACGUCACCAUUACUUUUCAACUGACGUUAGCGGCGCUGUUUUCAUUUAACCUGGCAAUCUCAACUGAAACCAGUCAAAAACCAAAUGUUCUUAUAUUCAUGGUAGAUGAUUUGGGAAUUGGUGAUCUUGGUUGUUAUGGCAACGAUACUAUCCGGACUCCAAAUAUUGACUUGUUGGCCAGUGAAGGUGUCAAACUGACACACAAUAUAGUUCCAACACCUAUCUGUACCCCCAGUCGUGCAGCUUUUCUGACUGGAAGGUAUCCAAUCAGAUCAGGUUUGGGAACAAGUUCAGCGUUUAUAUGUGCAGGUUGUAGUGCUGGAAUGCCGACACAGGAAGUUACCAUUGCAGAAAUGCUGAAAGAUGUUGGUUAUGCUACGGCAAUAUUAGGUAAAUGGCAUUUGGGAAUACACAGUGAAGAACAAAACAACGAAUUUCAUCCACUAAAUCAAGGAUUUGAUUAUUUCUACGGUACACCGCUAACAAAUCUCAACGAAUGUGCCAAUCCGUCGAAUGGCCGAGUCAGCAUACUUAACGACAAAUACUACCAGACCCUUUCCGCCUAUACGGCGGCGUUUUACACCGCGGUUUCACUCGUCCAGAUAUUAGGAGCUAUUGUUGGAAAACCUCUUAAGUUCAUAUUCGUUGUCGGAACAAUUGUUAUUCUACUGUUUGUUAUAUAUCCUUAUAUGUUCCCCCGAUUUCUGUGUUUGUUAAUGAAAAACUAUGACGUCAUAGAACAACCCAUGCAAUUAGAAAACAUGACCCUUCGCUUGACCAAACAAGCCCAGUCUUUUUUGACCGACAAUGUGGACAGACCAUUUUUACUUUACAUAUCGUAUUUAAAAGUACACACUGCAUUAUUUACAUCCAAGAACUUUACUGGAGUAAGUAAACACGGACAGUAUGGAGACAAUGUAGAAGAAAUGGACUGGAGUGUUGGAAAAAUUCUUGGUAAGAUAGACGAACUUGGACUUCGAAAUAAUACCUUUGUAUACUUUAUGUCUGACCACGGAGGUCAACUUGAGGAGACAUCAGUCAAACCAGGUCGAGUUGGUGAACGAGAAGGAGGCUGGAAUGGAAUAUAUAAAGGUGGUAAAGGCCAAGUAUGGGAAGGAGGGAUACGAGUUCCUACCAUUGCCAGAUACCCAACACUGAUUCCUGCAGGGAGUGAAAUAUCAUUACUUACGAGUAGUAUGGAUUUCGUACCUACAGUAGUUGCAUUAACAGGUGCUCAAUUGCCACGUGAUAUCAUCAUCGACGGCGUGAACAUCCUGGAAUUGGUCUCUGGAAUGACAACAGCGCCGCCACACGAAUUUCUUUUCAUGUAUUGUGGGGUUUGGAUACACGGCGUUACAUAUCGCCCUAAGUACGGCGGUUCAACUUUCAAAGUAGUUUACAGGACACCAAAUAGGACACCGGGAACAGAGGGUUGUCUGUGGUUAUGUCGAUGCAGUGAAGAGCACGUAACCAAACAUGAUCCUCCGUUAGUCUUUGACUUAACCAAUGAUCCCGGAGAAAAACGCCCUCUGGAGAUAACAGAUGAUGUGAGAGAUAUCAUAGAACGUACCAGAGAAGCCAUUGAAAACCACAAUAAGACAAUUGUACCAGUUGAACCACAGUUUACCUUUUAUAAAACAGUGAUCUGGUCUCCAUUUAGACAGCCAUGUUGUAACUUUCCGUUGUGUUCGUGCCAAGAAGUGGACGAAGCUUGA